AUGGAUAAAUUGAAAAACCUGCUUUUCGUGAAAAACGGAAACUUUUCGAACGCGCAGAUCAAACUGCUGGCCUUCACAUCGCUGAGCAUGCUGGUGCUAAUGGUGACCGGCGACGGCCUGCAGACCCCCCUGGGCUACAUCCAAAACGUCAAGCGAGACCUGCGAAAAGAGGCGCAAGAGUCGGAGGAAUCGAUGGAGAAGAAGCUGCUGAACGAGUUGGGACACACCACAUACCACGAAUGGAAAAAGGCUGGUAUCCUUCCGUCGGAAGAUGAAAAGAAAAGCUUCAGCUCCAUUGUUGUGAAGAGGCUAAGGGUGAAGCCACUAAACAUUGACCAUGUGAGGAGGAGCAACAGAAGGAGCGACAAGUGUGUAGACGAGAGAAGUAUUAAAUAUACUGAUCACAAAAAAGGGCAACUUCCUGGGAACGAUCAAGUGGAGGAAAGAAACAAAAAGCAAACAAUAACCAAGCUGUGUAAAUUGUUAAGUGAUAAUUUGAAGAAUGGAAAAUAUGAUAUGUACGAGAAGAACCUAAGUUAUGGAUUAUCCGUGGCGGAAAACCCAAUCGAGAUAUCACAACUGAUUAACUCAAUCAGUAAAGGGAAGUACUACAGUAAGGGCGUGAUCCACAUUUACACAAAACUGGUUGACAAAGCCACGGAGAUUUUCGAAAAUGUCCCCGUGAUGAGCAUAAGCUUAAUUUUGAAUAGCAUGCUAAAAUUGGACAUAUAUAAUGAGAAAUUUUUAUUUUUAUUUUUCAAAAAUGUGGACCAGAUUUUGGACGAAAGUAAUGCUGUCGACUUGACUAUCCUGUUUCAUUUUUACGUCAACGGGAUGGGGCGUUUUGGCGCAAGUUCUAAUCCUUAUUGGGCUAUACCACUUCUAGGAGAGGCCUGCCCCGACGCGCAAAGCCAAGUGUUGCUAAACUCAUUUUUGAGAAGGUUACACCACGUGGUGCCGUCCUUGCAGAUGCACGGUAUCUCGUCCGUACUGCGAUGUGUUAAGAAGUUGGUAAUGGCGAUGAUGGGAGAGGCCAAGGAGGGUAAAUUGGAUAGGGGAACACCGAAUAGUGUUAGACGGUUAGACGGUAUGGAGGCUAUUAAUGAGGGGAAGAAUGAUGUGUGUGAGUUUUCCCCCUAUGGCAAAACUAAUCUGAAUGGCCACCAAAAUGGUGAAUCAAAUUUGGUGCUAAUCACACAAAUUAACUCAAGUCUGAGAAAUAAUUUUUACGAAAAAAUGGCACAAGCGAAUACGCAGCAGUUAUGUAACGUCUUAGAAGAUUUGCAAUUUUUUAAUCUCAUUGAUAAUGACUGUUACUAUGACGUAUUGAACAGAUUAAAGGGAUCUUUACAAGGAGGGAAAGAAAUGAAAGACAUGGAUUAUGUGAAUGUUCUAAACACUAUAAAAAGUAGGAACAUAAAGGAAAAUAAUUUAUUGCCAUUGUGUUAUUUUUCAUUUUUGUUUGACUCACUGAAGGCGGAGAAUUUUUCUCAUUCCCAUUAUGACCGUGUUGCCGAGCUAGCCAAAAUAUUAUUUUACUUUAAAAAGGUUUAUCAUGUUAACUUUUGCAUGAACAAGAUAGAAUUAUUUUUGGAUAAAAAUGACACAAACUUGAUAGAGUCCACGUCCACUAUGAUUUAUUUAUUGGAUGAGUUUUGUACGAUUGGUAAAUGCACUGUGGCUGGGGCAUCCUUGAGGGGAAAGUUGUUUUCCUGCGUUGUGAACCGCGUCUUGGGGGGUGCCCCAGACACGCUUGGUAGUGCUAAGAAACCGCAUCCAGGUCAAGCCCUAACUUUGGAAGAAUCCCUCCUCCUGACCAAAGCAGCGGAAGGGCUUAUUAGCCACAAAAAUGAGGAAUAUCCCAGCAUUUUUGACCAAGUGAGAAGAAGAGACUUUUUCCUAAUCAAUUGUGAUGAAAAAGCUUGUCUCAAAUUUGAAGACCUGGAUAGGUACGUCCAAAAUGUCUUGUACAAAAUUUUGCUUCUAGGAAAAGUUAGAUAUAAAGAUGCCCCCCUUUUUUUGCACUUACUAAAGUGUUGCUUGCUCUGCUCACUGCACUUCUCCCUUAAAGACAUUUUACUACUGCUAAAGGGGCUGCACCACUGUAUGUACUUUUUUACAAAGGAGAAUUAUGUUCUUUUGGAGAAUGUGUUGAAUUAUUUAAGCGCCUUGACAGUGUUGCAGUGUCGGUUGGUGGUAAGGAGGAAGGAGUGCAGGCGCUACCGGGAAGACAUGGAAAAACUUCUGAAGCGCUCGGCCAGUUUGAUCAGCAGUGAUAAGGGUAUGGGGGGAGAGGUAGCUAGCACACAUGGGUGUAGCGAAUUGAGCCAGUUUAGCGAAUUUAGCGAGGCUUAUAGGAAGAUCGAGCGUGUGAUGGAGAUGAAUUGGGCAUACCUGAGUGACCUGCCUUCGAGGGAAAGGUUGAGUGUGGGAAGCGAGGAAGUGGCUAAUGCCUCACAUGGGAUUGCCCCCCUAGACGAGGGCGGCAUCCUCUCCAAUAAUAGGCGAACAAAAAUAAGUGCAGGAACUUGCUGCACCUUGUUGUACUAUUUCCAAAAGUUAAGUUACGUGAACAAGGGAGUCGUUCGAGUGGUACUGUCUAACCUGUAUGAUCAUGUGCAUGCGUUGAAGAAUGAGCAAAUUUUAAAGUUGGUGAAGGGACUUAGCAUUAUUCGUAAUGUCGACACAGAGUUUAGUUUGUUCAAUUCAGUUUUUAAAAAAAUUUUACUUCGGUUCGUGUCAUGUGAUAAGGAGGGCACGAAGAGUGUAGAGGGGAGGAGAGACGAAACGAUCAAGUUGGUGUACCUAGUGAGCAAGCUCUCCAUAGAUAUGGAUCACAGGAAUGCCCUCAUAAGGAAAUAUCUGUUGGUUUUUUUGGAGCGUCAGUUGGGGGAGAACCCUGUGGGCAUUCCUGAGCUGGAGCUGUUGAUGAGGAGCUUUAAAAAUAUGUACCCCUACCGGCAUGUGUCCUUGGUGGAAUGCUGCUUGCGCGGGAUCAGUCAGGCGCUCCGGGGGAAGGCACAAAUUGAGGAGCAACGCAAAGCAUCUCUUGAAGCAUCGUGUAACACAUUGACUGAUGAAUCACUUGAAGGAGCGCCGCGGCCCCCCCCCCCUCUACCGCUGCCCUUCCUGAAGACCUACUUCACCGUCGUACCGCUGCUAAUAAACCCAGCCACCAACAUCCACUGCAGCUUGAACGACCUGUACAUGUGCACAAGUCUGGAGCUCUUGGACCAGCUGUACGAGCAAAUGAAAGCCGAUACAAGACUCAAAGAGGAGUUAAUCCCCGUGCUUCUAACUUUUGUUAAUUUAUCCUUCCGUGACAUCCCCUUUGUGGAGAGGUAUCCCAACUUGAUCAGUGACAUUAUCGAGAUGAAGCAGUUGAUUCCUCCAAAAAAGUUUUUCUUUUUUUUCUUGAAUGUAAAAUUUUUUGGGGCACAGAAGGGUCUCGCCGAGGUGGACACGCUGCUGCACAAGGUUGUCAACCUUGCUGAGGCCCACAUGGGGGAGUCGUCAUCCUCGUUACCUUCGGAAGCGGCAACGUCACCAUUAAUGCGCGUGCCCGCCUCGCCGCACGACUUCACCUUUGACAGAAAGAAGCUCGUCCUCCUGGACACGGAAGAUGAUAACGAGAUGGAGAUCAUAUCUCGGGAGUACAAUCAUAUAGACACAGCAGAGGUGCACACACGAGGGGAACGAACGACAGAGAAAAAAGGUCCACAUGGUAUGGAAUGCCAUGACCAUGAUGACUUUGUGAAGGAACGCACCAAGCGCAGCAACGUAGCCCACCUUGAAUUUGAAAUCAUUUUGAAGAAAUAUGCUUACUGCCAAAAUAGCCAGAAGGAUAAAAUCGAAAUUACGAAGAACGUUAAAAUAUUUUCCAUGGAUGUUAAGUAUGUGGAUUUGAAGAAGAAAAUUAUUUUCGAAUUUUUGGAGGAGGACAAUUAUUUUAAAGAAGUUGAUGGUGCCUCCAUUGAGCUUUUACCGUUGGUUUAUUUACGUUUAUUUUUUUGGAGGAAAUUAAAUUACAACUUAGUCAUUAUGCCCUUUUAUGAGUGGCAUAUGUGUUAUGGGCGCCUUGAGAGGGUUAAGGCCAUUUUUCACAAACUGCUGAACGUGGCCCGCGACGCCGAUUCGUACUUGCUCGAGACGGGGAAGUCUCGCGCUUUUGCGUCUGUUGGGCGUUACAAAUGA